CAAAACCUCCAUCUGGAGCCGGCAGGAGAAGAGAACGAUGUUUAACUCGGUCAACCUGGGCAACUUCUGCUCGCCGUCGCGCAAGGAGAGGGGCGCUGAUUUCGGCGAGCGAGGGAGCUGCGCCUCCAACCUCUAUCUGCCCAGUUGCACUUACUACGUGCCCGAGUUCUCCACGGUCUCCUCCUUCCUCCCCCAGGCCCCCUCUCGUCAGAUCUCCUAUCCCUACCCGACCCAAGUGCCCCCGGUCCGGGAGGUCUCCUACGGCCUGGAGCCCUCCGGCAAGUGGCACCACCGGAACAGCUACUCCUCCUGCUAUGCGGCGGCCGACGAGCUUAUGCAUCGGGAGUGCCUGCCUCCUUCCACCGUAACCGAGAUCCUCAUGAAAAACGAAGGGUCCUACGGCGGCCACCACCACCCCAGCGCCCCGCACGCAGCCCCCGCCGGCUUCUACUCCUCAGUCAACAAGAACAGCGUCCUGCCUCAAGCCUUCGACCGUUUCUUCGACAACGCCUACUGCGGUGGCGGCGACGCGCCUGCCGAGCCCCCCUGCCCAGGCAAGGGUGAGGCCAAGGGGGAGCCCGAGGCGCCCCCGGCCUCGGGGCUGGCGUCCCGGGCUGAGGCGGGGGCCGAGGCCGAGGCCGAGGAGGAAAACACGAAUCCCAGCUCGUCCGGUUCAGCCCACUCGGUGGCCAAGGAGCCGGCCAAGGGAGCCGCCCCCAACGCCCCCCGCACCCGCAAGAAGCGCUGCCCUUAUUCGAAAUUCCAGAUCCGGGAACUGGAGCGAGAGUUUUUCUUCAACGUGUAUAUCAACAAAGAGAAGCGGCUGCAGCUGUCCCGGAUGCUGAACCUGACGGACCGACAAGUGAAAAUUUGGUUUCAGAACAGAAGGAUGAAAGAAAAAAAACUAAGCAGAGACCGGCUGCAGUAUUUCUCGGGAAAUCCUCUGCUGUAACCGCAGACCGGGCCCUUUUGGGGGAGGGGGAAGAGGGGGAAAUUAUUUUAUUUUAUUUUUAUUUUUUAUUUUCUAACUCGCCUUCUUCCCGCGGGUGGAAAACUGGACUGUGGCCAGGGCUGGCCCCACUGCCGUUGCCCGCACUUCUUUCCGGAACCUCCUUCACCUUGGUCUGACUCAAUGAGGGACAGGGACCGGGCCUGAAAAGGGGGGUGAAGGAAAGUGACCCACGGCGAGUGGACACCGUUGGCGCCGAGGCCAAGACUCUAUUUAAAAGAAAACACACCUCGCGACAAUGUCUUGCUGCUCCGAUUGGGUGGGGGAGGGGCGAGAGUAGUGGGCGCCUGAGCCAAGCAAUCCUUGAACUAAAAGCCUUCCCUUGCCCAAGUGAGAAGAUCUAGGACACCGUGUCUGCGAGGGGAGACUUCCCGGGCUCCCCGCCCCCACCCCACCUCGCCCCACUGCUAGGGGGCAGCUAAAUGUGAUCCCGCCUUGCUGUGAAAUUUCUGUACCUUCGACCUGGUGUUAGGUGUGCAAAGUCCGUGUCCUACCUCCGUCUGCGCCCAGGCCCCGCCCGAGCCUAGUCGUUCUCCCCUUGAACGUGUAGAGCCCUCCUUUGAAAUUUCUUAACUGGUGCAUUGAGGUUUCCUAACCUUUUUCCAAGCCGUGCCCCACUCCAUGGAUUUAUAGCUAUAGUCUAUGCAGUUGUUACCUCCUUUUUUUUUUUAAGGAAAAAAAAAGAUUGGGGUGGAAGAGGCACUAAGGAGAUGGUAUUGGGUGCCUCCCCCAUGCUGGGGUCUGAAUUUUUGUAAAUAAAUUUCACACGCGUUUCUUUCUACCCUAAGGGGAUGUGGGGAGGACUCGCCUGGAAUGAGAUGCGAAUCACCCAUCUCCAUGUGCGUGAGUGCGUGUGUAGUACGUGUGCAAUCCCCACCCUGCUCCCGUCCCAGAGGGAUUGCUGUGAAUUUUUUUUCUGGUGGCAAAUAAAGAUAUUUCAUCCUGUUCAAUAUUAUGAUUUUAUUUGACCCUUUUAUUAGCCCCUCUCCUCUUAAAACCCUCAAUGCUCCUGAGGCAGAGGAGGAGGCAGGAGGGCAGAGCCCAGCCGAUGAAGAGGGCAUGUGAAGGUGAGGUAGGCCAGAGCUGGUGGGCCUGCACCCCCUCUCCCAUGGCAGGGGCCAGUGUGGCAGUCCUUCCUCCUGCUCUCAAGCUGAGGCCAUUCCACACUGCUCUCAAAGCUCUCCUUUCUCACAUGCAGCUCGAGCUGUGUCCAAAAGCCCUGCAACGCUUUCCGUUUAAGCACACGUUUGUUGCGGAGUUAAUUGUAACCAUCAUCGAAUUUAAAUUUAUAGGAAUUUUCUUGGCUCCAUCGCCCUCCCGCCAGAUGUCUCCGUCUGUCGCAGUUAAAUGUGUAAGGUUGAGGGUAGGGCUUUUUUUUUUUUU